UCUGUCACUCCCACUAUCUGAUGAAGAGUGAAAGGGAGCGCAGACGGGUAGAGGAGCCGGGCCGGAUGUUUCUUUCACCUUCCACACUCAUCUCCAUGAGGGAACUGAGGACACAGUACGAAGUAAGAGAGGCUGAAGGAGCCCGAGCCCUCAUUUAAUCCCUGCGUGAUGGCGUUCCUGCAGCAGAUACGCUCACCUCGCCUCUCCUUCAUCCAGACGGUUAUAUCUCUCUUCAUGGGUGGCAUGGCCCUCAUGUCCUCCUACUGGUGCUCGGGGAGCCAGAAGUUGCCCAAGCCUCUCUGCACGGCCACAAAGCACACCAACUGCAUCCCCGUUCCCGGCGUCUCCCACUCCUCCGACGUCCAGUUCUCCUGGGAGACGGGGGACGACCGCUUCGUCUUCCCCGCCUUCCAUAUUGGCCUGUUCCUCAUCUGCGAGGAAGACAUCUACGCAGAAGCAUGGGAGGAGAAGUGUCGAGCGUUUUAUACUCUGACUCCUGAAUCUGAAAAAGCAAUGAUGUGGCUGUCUCUAUCGUUGGAGAUCAUGUAUGUCGGUCUGCUGGUAAUCAGUUGCACGCUGCUGUCCGUGCAGUUGUGUAUCAGGGCCUGGUGCCCCUCCACGCAGCGCUGUGGCCAGCUGCUCAACGCUUUUGCUGCGGUCUUCACAGUCCUAGCAGGUCUGCUGGGGAUGGUGGGUCACAUGAUGUUCAUGCAGGUGUUUCAGACCACUGCCUCAAUGGGACAAGAAGACUUCAAGCCUCACAGCUACGGCUACUCCUGGGCGUUCUAUGUGGCCUGGUUUGCCUUCACUGUCUGCAUGUCAGCCGGCGUCUCCACUCUGAACAACUACACCAAGAAGGUCCUGAUGGUGGGGCCCAGACGUAUGUCCAGCCUCAACGCUUGCAGCUUUAACUUCUCGGGGCUCCUGCCACCUUAUUACACCCCCGCGAGCAUAGCCAUGACCCUGGCAGGUCCCCCGUCUCCCCCCCGGAUCUCCCACUUGUCUCCCUACUACGAUCCCCCGCCAGCAGCGUUGCUGGCCUCCAAUUCGAGGCUAACGCACUCCCACUCCCUACCUCUCCCCUACUCCGACUCCUUCCCUCCUCCUCCCUCCCACCCUGCGCCUGCAUCCCAGUUCCACCGCCUCUCGCUACCCUCUCCGUCUCCGUCUCCAUCACCCAACCCGUCCUUCUCCGUCCACCUGACCGUGCCAGGACACCAGGAGGACCAUUACGGGCCAGAGGACGACUAUGGCCCACUUUGAACUACUGCAUAUAUCCAGAUUGGAGUCUUUCUGUGACUAGAGGACCUGCGCCUGUCUUGGUGAAGCAGUUUAAUGUUUGUUAUGGUCAGAUUUUACAUAGUCAGCAGUUCAGUGACCCGAUGAAUCAGCUUUGAUCAUAAUCACGAAGGGAAGGGUAAAUGCAGAGAUCACCGUUGUAUUGUAAACUGAAUAUGGUACAGAAACGCUUCAUAAACUCUAUUAUUUGGAAAAAAAAUCGUACUAAAACUAUUUGCAAUUGUCAUAGUUUAAAGGUGCUCUAUACGAUACCCAGAGCAUUAAUAUAGCAGCAAACAACUGUUUGUUAUGUAAAGAUAUAGAGGAGUAAUGUCUA